AUGUGUAAUGUAGCAACUAAACGACUUCGUUUACUGAUAGAGCUGGUAUUGGGAGGAUGCACGUUAUUGAGAUGUCGAUCGUAUUUCGGUGAUAAUUCUGCAAACCUAAAUGAUAGUGGUGAAAUGAAACAAGCUGCAUUGCUGCGUGUCUUCAAGUGUCUUUUCGAGUUCAAACCACCAUUUAAAAAGUGGAAUGACAUAUUUUACGAUAAUGCACUUAUGGUCAAAAAUAAGAAACAAAUUGGGAUUGAUGAAUUAUCGAAGACAAAAUAUUCUAUUUAUUUAUGUGUUACAUCUGUACUUAUACGCAUAGGGAGGAAGUUAACUCCUCCAUUUAUUCUGAGCAUUUUAUGUAGUAAAUGUGUGCAUAAGUCUCUUAAAAACUGUAAUCUUUUUAGGGCGUCGUUACUUUGUAUUUUAGAAGAGCAAAAUGUCAAUUUAGAAACACUGAAGACCGAUGUGACUUGGAUUGAUUAG